AUGGACCUUAUACUCAAUUUAAGUCAAACCGGAACAGCACAAAACCCCCCUUUUUGUUAUGAGUCUUUAAAUGGUUCUUGCCAUAGGAUUGUUUAUCCUCUGCAAAUACGACUUUCUCUGUACAUCUUCUUUGGGGCAAUGGUGAUUCUUACAGUUUUUGGUAACCUCCUUGUCAUUAUAACCAUUUUUCACUUUAAACAGCUACACACAUCAACCAACUAUCUCAUCCUCUCCCUAGCCAUAGCUGACUUUCUAAUGGGGGUGUUCGUGAUGCCCCCCAGCAUGCUGCGCUCUGUGGAAACUUGCUGGUACUUGGGGAACUUCUUCUGCAAAAUCCACAGCAGUGUCGAUGUCAUGUUGUGUACUGCAUCCAUUUUAAAUCUGUCCUUCAUCUCAAUUGAUCGAUACUAUGCUGUUUGCCACCCUCUACAGUACCGUAGUAGAAUUACACCCCUUGCUACAGGCAUAAUGAUUGCAGUCUGCUGGAGUGUCUCUGCCGUAAUUGGCCUUGGAAUGAUAUUUCUGGAGCUCAAUAUCCUUGGCAUUGAAGAAUUUUACUAUAACAAUAUUGUCUGUGAAGGUGGCUGUAUUUUGUUCCAAACCUCAGCUUCCAGCACUGUAUCUUCUGUUCUCUCAUUUUACAUUCCAGGAAUUAUCAUGCUUGGUAUUUACCUAAAAAUAUUCCUGGUUGCGCAGCGACAAGCACAGGCAAUCCAAAAUACCACAAAUCAAAGCAAAACCAGUAACAAACAACCAAGUUUGAGUAAGACGGAGAAAAAGGCCACUAAAACUCUGGCUAUUAUCAUGGGUGUAUUUUUAUCUUUUUGGACUCCUUUUUUCAUUUGUAAUGUCAUUGAUCCAAUGAUUGGCUACUUAAUUCCACCUGUGCUAUUUGACAUGCUUGUUUGGGUUGGUUAUUUGAAUUCCACAUGCAAUCCUAUAGUGUAUGCGUUCUUUUACAGCUGGUUUAGAAAUGCUUUCAGAGUAAUUUUACUGGGAAAGGUGUUUCAACCUGAUUCUUCAAGGAUGAAACUGUUUUCAGAGUGA